AUGCUGGGCUCUUUUCAGAUGCACUUCUGCUACCUUGUGGCCGUUUUUAAAAUACGGGAACACAUUUACAGCUACACAUACAAGCAUGCUAUUGUUGUUAUUAUAUUUGCUGAUACACAUGUAAAGCCAGUGACAGUCGUACUAGAAGCACAUGACAUCACCAUGAAGGAGAAAAGUCAGCAACAUAUCCAAGUGGAGUACAAUUACGACAUUAUGCUACUGAAGUUGAAACACAAGGCCAAACUGAACAGGUAUGUGAAAGUGAUCGGUCUCCACAAGAAGAGUGGGAAGAUCCCUGCCAACACGGGAUGCAUUGUUGCUGGAUGGGUCAGCAUUUCACCUGUAUUAAAGGAGACCACUGAGAAGAUACAGUUUAACUUUGAGUGCAAAUCUAUCUGGCAACAGUACUUUCAGUCUGACCACAUGACAUGCACCAAGCCCCGACAAGCAGGAGGGGUGUGUCAGGGGGAUUCCGGGGGUUCAUUAAUCUGCAACACCAAGCCUGAAGAAAUAACAUCUUUCACCGAAAAAGACAACUGCAGUAAUCCCAAGAGUUCUCACGUCUUUAUUAAAAUCCACCCCUUCUUCAACUGGAUUAAGGAAGUUACGGAGGGGAAUGAUGUGGUUUGAGGCCAGUACACCUUUCUUUUACUUUGCUUGCAAGAAGCAGGCAUAGUCAGUCAGGACGUUUUCAGACCCUGACUGCCCAAAAAGGUCUAAAUCCGUGACGAGAGGUCAGUGGAGGCAAAAACAGAUAACACAAAACAAAAAUAGGUUUGUCCAUUGAACUGUUGGAAAUGUAUUUUCUGUAUGAUAAUUCGAAUAAUAAACACAAGGAGCUUAGCGCGCCAGUUUGUGACUUUCUACAGCCCAUGUAAUUUUUUUUAUUUAGGUAUGAAUGCUGAAAAAAACAAUGGAGGAUUAUACAUCCAAGCUCAGCAGACAGUGAUCAGACUUUUACAACAAAGUAUCACAGCUUUAGAUUGCAUUAGACUGUUGACAAAAUGACAAAAAACAACACUGGUCUGAAGACUUUCUGACUGUAGUAUUGUGUACGGUGUUUGUGUUGCAUUCAUGUUUGAUUUUUUUUUUUUAGCAUAUUGCUUAUGCUGCUAUUGAUUUAUUUUGUUAAAACAUUACCUGUAUCUCAAACUUCAUUGACAACAUAAAGAUGUUUCCUAGUCAUGCAAAGAACGGAAAGAAAACUGCGGUGUCGGGAAGCCAAAACCACAGAGCGUAUGUUCAGCGUAUCAGUCGUAGUGCAAACUCUUGAAGUUGAAGCGCUUUCGGUCCGUGAAGCCUGUCAUCUGCAG